AUGCCUGAAAACAAUAAGCCCCUCCGCGUUCUGAUUGUCGGUGCUGGCAUCGCAGGACUUGCGACGGCGAUCUCGCUGACUCGAGUUUCGGACCUGGACGACUUGGAUAUUCAGCUUUACGAGCAGGCCCCUGAGCUCCUGGAGAUUGGAGCGAGUAUUGCGCUCAGUCCGAAUGGAAUGCGUACUUUGGAGAAGCUUGGAGUUGACAACGCUCUUACCGACGAGGUGGGGUUUCGUGGACCGAGUGGGAUUCCUCAAAUAUUUCGGUCUAUCUUCAUGGAGACACUGGAAAACGAAUCAAGUCAUCUCUGUAGACACCCACAGGAUGUGCCGAAUCCUCGCCAUCACACCACACGCUUCCACCGAGGUCAUUUGCAUGCCGCCCUUCUGAAGCAUGUUCCCCAAGAGUCUAUUCAUCUAAACAAGAAGAUGAUCCGCGCUGAAGCCAGUGACGAUGGUGUUGAAUUGUAUUUCGAGGACGGUACUAGCGCCUACGGCGAUAUUCUGAUCGGCGCUGACGGAAUUAAAUCGAGAGUUCGACAGUCUUUUAACCCUGAUUACAAGCUGUUCUUCAGCGGGAAGGUAUUCAUCAGGGCAACAUUCGAUGCGUCCUUGGUCGAAGGCAAAAUUCCAGGUCUUCCCCUUGAUUCGGCACAUUGGUGGGGACCUGAAGAUAAUUUCUUUGCCUCUCGACUGGGGAAGCACCAAUAUACUACUGUCGGCGCAUACAGCGACCCCCGAACCAGGGAGGAAAUUGAGAAAAGUAUCACAUGGGAUCAAAAAGGAGAUGUCGAGUUCUUCAGAAACAGAUACAAGAACUGGCACCCCAUCAUCAAAGACUUAACCGAGUUGACUCCUUCGGUCCAUCUUUAUCCGAAUUAUGCCGGCGACGCCCUCUCAACCUGGGUUCUCGCUUCUCGCGUCACCUUGGUCGGAGAUGCGGCGCACGCUCACGGCGGUGCUUUCGCGGCAGGGGGCUCUCUAGCACUGGACGAUGCGUUAGCUUUGGGUCUGUCGUUCAAACAUGUCUUCAAGGCCUUCCAGCCGCAUACUUCCGUCAGACCCAGUGAGAUCCGAAAGGUACUUGAACUAUACAAUCUGACCAGAAAGGCUCACACCGACCGCUUGAUUCAGCUUGUGCACGGCCAGAUAACCAACAAGAGCACAAAGCCCAGCACACCUGAAGAAGCAGAGGCUGCUUUGGUCAAGAGAUUGAGGAACAGGCCUAAUACUGACUGGCUAUCUGAACAUGAUGUCGAGGCGGCAUUUGCAGCAGCGGCGCAAAUCCUAGAUUCCAAUCCGGCUUCUAGUCAGAGUGAUGUCUCAACGUCUCAAGGCACGAACAGAAUAACUCAAACGGCGGCUCAGCUUGCGCAGAGCAAACUAUAG